CAAGAGACAAAAUUGAAAUUGUUAAGGCCAAAUAACUAUUAUCCCCAUUAAUUUCAAAGAACACAGAACACUUCAUACAUAAACAUGUCCUCCUUAAGAGUUUGACAUCCGCAGUCCUGUAUGCUCCACAUGCUACUAUUUAAAUACUAUUUAUAACAACCCUUUUCUGCGUUUUUAAUAACGGGGUGAGGAAAGGUUGCACCGGGGAACGUGACGAAGGCGGGCUCUUUUUUUUUUUUUUGCUCGAAGGAAAGAUGAUUCCGGUGGCAGGCAGAGCGGCGUCACGUGGGGAUCGAGGCGGGAAGCGUGCUGGUCUGCCAGCCUUUCCGUUCGUUUCCUGCUCUGCGGAGCGGCAAUGGAAAAAUUUGCAAGCCCGGGCAAAGGCAACGGCUUGCGCCUCUUGAAAGCGGUGAAACCGGGUCAGUUGCUGUACCGCGCGGCGCCCUUCGCUUACAUCGUCAGCAAGAAGCGCCUCGGAGGCGUGUGCGAACGUUGUCUGCGCAGCAAGGAGCAGCUACCUAGAUGUUCUCAAUGCAAAAUUGCAAGAUACUGUGGUGCACAUUGUCAGAAAGAAGCCUGGCUGGACCAUAAACGGGAAUGUAAAUGUAUUAAAGAUAUUGACCCUAAUUUUCCUCCUGACUCAGUGAGGCUUGUUGGCAGGAUUAUUUUCAAAGUAUUAAGGCAAUCAGUAUGCCCAUCUGAAGAGCUAUAUUCUCUUUCUGAUCUUCAGUCAAAUGUUGAUGAAUUAAGCGAAGACAUGAAAGAAGGUCUCAGGCACCUUGCUAAGACUCUGCAGCUGUAUUUGAAGGUGGAAAUCCAAGAUGUUUCUCAGCUUUUGCCGGCCUUAGAUAUUUUUCAGAUCUUUGCAAAAGUGACCAGUAACUGUUUCAGCAUAAGCAAUGGAGAAAUGCAGGAUGUUGGUGUUGGACUUUAUCCCAGCAUGUCCUUGCUGAACAACAGUUGUGAUCCUAAUUGUGUGGUCAUCUUUGAGGGUCCUCAACUCCACCUUCGGUCUAUCCGAGAAAUGCAGUUGGGAGAAGAGCUCACCAUCAGUUAUACUGAAACUGUAAUGCCCACUCCUGAACGCCAGCAGAACCUGAAGCGUCAGUAUUGUUUUGAAUGUGAUUGCGUCAUGUGCUCCACGCAAAGCAAGCAGGAUGCUGACAUGUUGGCAGGGGAUGAGCAAGCUUGGAAAGAAGCCAAAGAAAUUAUAAAUACAGUAGGGGCACCAAAGUCAUGUGAAGAAUGGGAGCAAGUUCUGUUGUCCUGCCAGACGUUACUGAAGAGCAACACCUCUCGCCUCCCAGACACCAACAUCUAUCAGCUAAAAUUACUUGACCUUGCCAUGGAUGCCUGCAUAAACCUGGGCCUUUGGGAAGAAGCUCUGCAUUAUGGUAACCGAACUUUGGAGCCCUACAGGUUUUAUUAUCCCGGCUUCCAUCCUUUGAGGGCUAUCCAGAUGAUGAGAGUGGCCAAGUUGCAGUGCCACCAGGACAUGUCCUCUCAGGCCCUUGAAACUCUGAAACAGACUUACGAUCUUAUGAAAGUGACUCAUGGGACAGAGCACAGCCUCACGCAGGACCUGAUGAUACUUAAAGAAGAGUGGGAGGCUGGCAUGCUAUUAAAAUGAAGAUGAUGUGCAAGACACAAUCUCGCAGAAGGACAACAAAAAGGAGACUCCGAAGAAAACAAGUAUCUUCUUCAACCAAACAUAUGGCAGUAAAAUCGUCAUAUGUAUUGAGAGUAGAUGAUUUCCUUUGAUCUGAAUACUGCAAGAAAAGUAGUCUGGUUGUUUUGUUAUGUAAUCUGCACAUUAUUACUUUUGCUAAUUCUCCAAAUGAAAUUUUUCAACAAUCAACUGCUUCCUACUGAGAAGUGGUUUGAAAAGGCACCAGGAAAACCACUAAGCUACAAUUUGAUUAUAAUUGAAAGUAUAGAAAAUGCUCAUUUGUAUAAGUGCAUUAUUAGAUGGGUACUCAUGCGUCCAAAUACAUUGCAGGUAUUUGAAUUUAGUUUCAUCAGUGUUCUUUUAUCCUAUACUAAAUUGCUCCCUCUUCUUUGAAGUGUUGUCAUUUCCAGGUAUGUGAUUUGUUUUGUUUAUUUUAGAUUUCUUUUUACCCCACUUUUAUUGAAUUUUUUAUAAAUAACUCAAGAUGAUGAACAUACCUAAUACUUCCUUCUCCUGUUUUCCCACAACAACAACCCUGUUAGGAGGUUGAGAGAGAAUGACCCAGACCAAAGUCACCCAGCUGGCAUUCAUGCCUAAGGCAGGACUAGAAAUCAGUUUCCUUGCAUUCCAUAAUCCUUGUAUAUUUGCUGCGUAGCACACUUAUUGUUAGAUUAUUAAUUGUGGAAACUGCAGGUACAAUUGAGAUGCAAAUUUCUAGCAGUGUCAUUUGUUAGCUGUUCUGAGUGAUUCUGCCCUGAGUGAUGGAUCAGCAUCAGAGAAGGAGGAGAGAGGGAGGGAGACAUAUCGGCAGAAUCAAUUUAUUCCCAAAUACUUCGCAUUCUUCCCAUCUAGUAAUACUGCAGUAAUGUUAUGCCCCCAGAUACAAAAGUUCUCAGAAUGUCAAUCAGCCAACAAUUGCAGCUCUCUGUAUGUUUCCUACUGAAGACAUUCCAUUAAAAGGGGAAGCUCUUAUUUCUGAAUAAAUAUACCUAUAAUUGUUAGUGAAUUUGUCUUUCCAACACUAAGUUCUCAGUC